CUUUACGGCAGGCCGCAUUCCAUGCCUCCAAUAUGGCGUCCUCCGCAUAGGCAGCGGCUGUGGUUUCUACCCCGGGUGGCCGGGGGCAGUGCUGAGCUGGGGCUGUUGUUUGCCCAGACUGGGCCGCAGAAAGCAGCAGUUAAAGUUCGUUUCUGGUCACUGCUCCAGGAAGCCACCCUCCUCUGAGGGUCAAGAAUUGCCGCUUCCUUUUAGUUACUGCAAGUUCCUCCUCUGCCCCUGCGUUGUUUCCCGCGCCACCUCUGGAUACCCCCAGGUCCCAGACCCUUCCAGACUCAAACCAUGAACCUUCGGCAGCUGCUGUUGCACUUGCCCCGUUAUCUCGGAGCCUCGGGUUCCCCGCGUCGCCUGUGGUGGUCCCCGUCCCUCGACACCAUCUCCUCGGUGGGCUCUUGGCGUGGUCAGUCCUCCAAGUCCCCAGCCCACUGGAAUCAGGUAGUGUCAGAGGCGGAGAAGAUCGUGGGGUACCCCACGUCCUUCAUGAGCCUUCGCUGCCUGCUGAGCGACGAGCUCAGCAACAUCGCUAUGCAGGUGCGGAAGCUGGUGGGCACUCAGCACCCUCUGCUUACCACAGCCAGGGGGCUUGUACAUGACAGCCGGAAUAGCCUCCAGUUGAGGGGCUUGGUGGUGCUCCUUAUCUCUAAAGCAGCUGGGCCCAGCAGCGUGAACACUUCAUGUCAGAACUAUGACAUGGUCAGUGGGAUCUACUCAUGUCAAAGAAGUUUGGCAGAGAUCACAGAGCUUAUUCAUACUGCUCUCCUUGUACAUCGUGGGAUAGUAAAUUUAAAUGAGUUGCAAUCAUCUGAUGGUCCACUGAAAGACAUGCAAUUUGGAAAUAAAAUUGCUAUCCUGAGUGGAGACUUUCUUCUAGCAAAUGCCUGCAAUGGACUUGCUCUGCUACAGAACACCAAGGUUGUGGAACUUUUAGCAAGUGCUCUCAUGGACUUGGUACAAGGAGUAUAUCACGAAAAUUCUACUUCAAAGGAAAGUUAUAUCACAGAUGAUAUUGGAAUAUCGACUUGGAAGGAGCAGACUUUUCUCUCCCAUGGUGCCUUACUAGCAAAGAGCUGCCAAGCUGCAAUGGAAUUAGCAAAGCAUGAUGCUGAGGUUCAGGAUAUGGCAUUUCAGUAUGGGAAGCACAUGGCCAUGAGUCAUAAGGCUCAAGAAAAAGGAAGAUUGGACUAUGCUAAGUUGCGAGAAAGAAUCAAAGCUGGCAAAGGUGUGACUUCAGCUAUUGACCUGUGUCGUUACCAUGGAAACAAGGCACUGGAGGCCCUGGAGAGCUUUCCUCCCUCGGAGGCCAGAUCUGCUUUAGAAAACAUUGUGUUUGCUGUGACCAGAUUUUCAUGACAUCAAAUUAAAAAGACACUAUUGUUAGCUGAAAAUCCUAGGGAAUGAGGUGAUGGGGAGAGCUUUCAUGAAGCAUUAAUGACUUUUAAAACAUAUGCAUUUUUCCUUCCUUUUAUCACGUUGCUAAAUGAGUUCUGCUUGCUUUUUGGAACUGCUACAAACAAAAUUAGAAGAAAAAAAGGUCAAGCAGUUUUCACUUGUCACGCCAGAAGCACACUUGAGGCUGCAGUCGCAGAAAUAAUUAAUGAGAUUCGCUCCUGUGACCUCAGCAAAUGGACAGGAAAUAAGUCCUUAUUGAUUGGACCGAGCCAGGGAUGGCGCCAGGGCGGUGGCCUGUGGUUUUCCUUCUAGAGAGGACAAAGCAAGCUGGAAGCUGCAGGUGUCAAGAGAAACGCUCUCAAUACCAACCAGGGAGGACUGUCAAAUCAAAAACUAGUGACCAAUUUGUCAUAAUGGAGAGUAGUAGUUCAAUGGAUUAAGAAAAAUAUGUGUUAUUUGUUUUCUUGCAAUUAUGUCUGUGGAAUUUUUUUUUUUUUUUUAAGAUGGAGUUUUGCUCUUGUUGCCCAGGCUGGAGUGAAAUGGUGCAGUUUUGGCUCACUGCAGCCUCCGCUUCCUGGGUUCAAGCGAUUCACCUGCCUCAGCCUCCCGAGUAGCUGGAAUCACAGGCACCUGCCACCAUGCCUGGCUAAUUUUGUAUUUUUAGUAGAGAUGGGGUUUCACUGUGUUGGCCAGGCCGGUCUCGAACUGCUGACCUCAGGUGAUCCGCCUGCCUUGGCCUCCCAAAGUGCUGGGAUUACAGGUGUGAGCCACUGCACCUGGCCCCAUGUCUCUGGAUUUAUAAUGUAGUAUGAAUAUACUUUGUGCUUUAUGGUUUUUAUAAUGUCUUUUUGGAGAAAUUGCUGAAAAGUUGCCAAAUAUUUGAAGUAGGAGAUUAAAAUGUUAUCAAAUGUUAAAUUGGUUAUAUUAGGAAUACUCUGUUUUUCUUUCUUGAAGAUCAGUUUUUAUUUUUUUCAAACACAUUUCAAAGAACCAAAAUUUUUUUUUUUUUUUUUUAAAGAAAAAGGAGCUUUUUUCAAGUGAAAUGUAUUCAUUUGCAAUACUUUGGUUUAAGGAAUACUUUAAUUUUUACGAGUUUCAGAAACAGAAUUUUUGUACUAGAGAAUUCAUUGGUGAGAGUGUUCUUUUAACCUCAGAAUGUCAAAUUUUGGUCUUGAACCACAGACAUCCAAUUACAGAAAGAAUAUAAGCAAUCUGACAGGCCUGCAAUCGGACACUGUCUCUGUGUGGUUCAUAGGAGAUGAUUUUUGAGGUUUGCACUCAUGCAAUUUGAGAACACCGUUGACAAGAAGGCUGAGUUUACAUAAAUGAUCUAGAUUGAAACUCAGCUACCUUUCUUCCUCAUGUGGUGUAAUUACAGCCCUAUCUGGAGACAGCGAACACAGCAAACAGAUUUUAUUACCUAGUUCACUCAAACACUAAAUGAAGUUAUUUUAGUUAAAGCCCUCCCCCAAAAGUUACAAAAUCAUUUUAUCAGGGCCCAACAUGUGGCAUGCAAUGAAGAGAAAAUGUAAAGCUACAGAGGUUAAUGUAUUGUAUUAUAAAAUAUUUUAAGUGUACUCGAAAUAUCGUAAUUGUACAGUUUAUGCCACUAUAAUUUAAGGCCUAUAGAUUUAGCUUAAGAGAACACUCUUCUGUUUGAAAUGCCUUCUCUCACUGAAACUGGCUUAAUUAGUAACCAUGGAUAAGAUGCUUUAGAUCAGACUAGGUUUUAAUCAUUAACUUCCACAAAGAAGAGUCAUGCUUUGCGUUCGGUGUGCUGGUUGGAUGUGCAGGAACUCCAGCAAAUGGUGCAUUUUGCUAAGCAGAUGGUCGGGCACUGCAGGGCACCAGGCAGGAUCCUAGGGUGACUCUCAUUCUGCGUUAGCAUCUGGUUUGCUGUAUGACCUUGCACAAGUCACUUCCCUCUGAGCCUCAAUUUUCUCAUCUGUAAAAUGAGAUUCAAAAGUUGACCUGAAAGUCAACUGUGAAAAAAAAAAAAAGAGAGAUUAAACAAGAUAAUCAUGAAAGUC